AUGAAAAUCAGCCAUAAGCUUGUCUGUGGACUGUGUAUAUAAAGGUCGGCCCUCACACACAAGACCCAUUCAAGUGGAUAACCACAAGAAAGAACAUUCAGGUGUUGGUGUCGCUUCUUUGACUCAAACAGAAUGACAUCCUCUAAAACGGCCCUGUUGCUGGUCUUGCUGUCCUGCGUGCAGCACUGCCUCUCUGCCUCCUGUGUCGUCGACAGCUUCACAGUCAAAGGGGACUUUGACCCCAAGAGGUAUGCAGGAAAGUGGUACGCACUGCAGAAGAAAGAUCCGGAGGGCCUGUUCCUGCAGGACAACAUCUCGGCUGAGUACACCAUUGAUGAUGACGGCUCCAUGACCGCCUCCUCCAAGGGACGCGUCACUCUGUUCGGCUUCUGGGUGGUGUGUGCCGACAUGGCCGCCCAGUACUCGGUCCCCGACCCCGCCAGCCCCGGCAAGAUGUUCAUGAACUACCAGGGACUGGCCAGCUACCUCUCCAGCGGAGGUGACAACUACUGGGUGAUCGACACCGACUACGACAACUACGCCAUCACCUACGCCUGCCGCACCCUGAAGGAAGACGGCAGCUGCGAGGACGGCUACGCCCUCAUCUUCUCCAGGAACCCCCGCGGCCUCCCACCCGCCAUCCAGCGCAUCGUCCGCCAGAAACAGGAGGACAUCUGCCUGGCGGGAGAGUUCCAGCCGGUGCUGCAGUCUGGAGCCUGCUAAGGAGAAAGAGAGAGCAGAGCAGGAGAGCGUGAAGCCGGCCAGGUGCAGUCAGGAGCCCCUGGAAUCAAGAAGGGGGUGGGUGGAGGGUAUAUGUGUAAGAAGGCCUGUGUGUGAGAGUGAUGGUGCGAGUGGACGGACACAGAAACAUGAAAAGAGAUUGAGAGGAGGAUACAAUUGAGCAACGAUGGUGGACAAAGAUUCACAUGUGUUGUUUUGUCAUUCUGUGUUCAUCCGUUGUUUGUAAGGAAAAUGUUACUGCUGCUUUGGAAGAAGAAAUAAAAGAUAUUUUUCUAAACAACA